AAACAGUUUGUAUACAACGCCCUCGAGACAAGGACCUGCUGCACCUUACCGGCACUGUACUGCUACUUGGAUUUCCAGCAGAACUUGGAGACAGAGUUCAUUGGAGAAGACAGCGGCCUCACUCCAGAAGGACUCCGGCCACAGCAACAUGGGGAGCAGUCUGUCAUGCGUCCCUCACCACAGCUUUCAGUUUUCUGGCAAGAACUUCAUUCGUAGGAACAGCCGUCGGCUAUUUCGUAAGAAAAACCCAGAAGAGGGCCAGGUGAAGUCCAACAGCAUUAUCAACAUCUUAUGCACUGUCACUCCAAGGAAGGAGAUGUCAUCUAAGGAUCUUGAGACAAUUGAAAACAUCAAAUGGGACCCCCCCUUCGCCUAUGACCCAUCAGCUGGCUGGAAGAAGAGUAGCGUCAACGUCAAAAAUUAUGGAAGGAUGAUCCACAGUUCCAAAGUGCAGUUUCGCUUCCUGCAUUGCCAGGACAUACAUGACUGCUUCUUGGACUUAUUUCAGACACACCUUCACUUUGUUUCUAACACCACCACUGGACUAACCUACCAGGGAACACUGCCGCUUAGGGACCUUACAGUUUGCAAACUGCAGCCCAAUGGGAAUGACACAGACCGCUUUGGUUUUGAAAUCAGUGGUGUUGGUUUGAACCCCAUUAUUGUAUACUGCUGUAGUCAAGAGGAGCUGGAGACCUGGUUUGGGUAUCUGAAAGAGCACGUGGAGGGGAAUGGAGGCACUGUGACAGAAGAAGAAGAAGCCAAAACAUUCACCAGAGUCAAGCAGAACCCAGAGUGUAUGGUGAAGUCCAGGGAGGAGCUGAGGAACUCGGUGAAGAACGAGCCGAUUUAUGAAUGGGAAGGAACCCACAGGGAUUCUCUGGGCCCGGUUACCUACGUGUCCAAAGUGAAAGUCCAGCACCUGCCUUGUGAAGAACAGUAUGAGCGACUGCUGGUGAUGUACUCUUCUACCAUCAUCAUCCUCUCUGAGGAAAGCAACGGACUUUUCUACAAGGGAAAACUCCCACUUAACAGUAUCAAUGUGACUACACCCUGUCAAGAAGUUAAGCCAAACACAUUUAUGAUUGAAGGAAGACUGAUUAACCCCAUCAUUGUGACCUGCAUGGAUGAAAAUGAAUUCUCCAACUGGAUCAGUCAUUUCAAAAUCAUGCAAGUCCCAGUGUUACUUCCACCACCACCAGUAUAUGAUAUCAUUUAUACUCCAACCGAAUCAAAGGAAUUCGAGUUUGACAGAUGGAGCGUUCGCAGCCAUCGAGAACAGAGAUGCUCCCAAAAGGGGCGAGAAUUACACAAACCCUCACUGCACAAUUAUACAGACAACCUGACAUCACCUGGAUACAGCACCCCGCUCUGCUUCAGCUCCAAGCAGCGAAGCUCAGGUAACAUGCAUGAGCCGCCAUACCCAAACUCCAGGACUGGUAGCAUGUCGUCGCAGAUCAGGCCUGUCAUGGAACCCCACCACCGGACGUCGCUUCGCGGCACCUCGGCCCAUUAUGGCUCCAACACCUCCACUGACACGCCACGGUCCCCUGUUUACAACUCUCCAUACAGACCUGUGGAACACAGUGCCUCCUACAGGCGGGAACAGGAAUUUCCUCUUGUUAAGUCAAACAGCUGGAGUGUGCCCUGGACGCCUUCCACACAGCAGCUAUCUGUGCCCCAGAGGAAUUCUGAUGUAUGCAUGUCCCGGAAGAAUCUCUCCAUCCUCUAUGAUGACCCCUGGACCCCUGUGAUAGACCUACCAGGGGACAAUUAUGUGAAACCAGCGCAGAUGUCAAGACAGCACUGGGCGAGGCGUGAAGAUCCAUCAUUCCUGCCCUCGUCCUUCAGGCUACAGCCUCCGCCUAUAGGCCGGUGCAAGGCACACCUUUCAUACCCACACCGCGAAGUCACACAUACCCCGAAGGCAGAAGGCUUCAAGUUACUGUCUCCACCUAUAGCGGUGUCCAGGCAGAGAAAUGUUACACAGGUGACACCUCAGCCAGAUGUCAGACAUCACUUGCUCCCUGAGAUAUCAGCUGAUUACUCACAAGAAGAUAUUUCUUACUUGGAACCUGCAGAACCAGACGAUCAGGAAGUGGACUACGAUAACAUCUGGGAUUUUGACUGUGAUAAUGAGAUGGCGCAACCCUUGUCUCAGAUUCCUGCAUACCGAGCAUCGGCAGAGUGAAGCUGAAAGAAUGUUGCGGACCGUGAGCACGUAUGAUCAGUAUGCGCCGGCCAUUAUUCAGGCGAACCCCCCAAGCAUUUAGGGCUCAUUUUUUACAUUAUUUAAUAUUACAAUCAUGACCAUGUUUCCAUGAUAUACUGUUUAUAUAAUUACUCUGUAAAAAUGAAAUUCAGUACUAAAAACCUGUCUGAUAUGUAAAUAUGUAGCACCUUGGAGGACAAGUUUUUUGUUUUAUUUUAUUUUAUUUAAAAAAACAUUUUGUGGUUCAUUUUAUAUUUAUUUAACUUGGAAGGGUUUUUACAAUAUUUGAUGUCUGUAUUUAUGUACUUUUCAAGUACAGAGAUAUUCAAUUUUUUAUUGUUUUAUUAUGAUAAUUGUUCAGUAAUAUUUUGUAAAUUUCAUAAAAUGCCUCCAGUUUAGUAAUUGAAUUCUUUUUUCAUUGUAUGUUGGGAAAAUAUGGAUGUAUUAAAUGUUUGUAUUUAUUUUUA